AUGGCUGCCGCAAAGCCCAAGGGCAUUAUCGAGCGCGCCCCGAAGAAGCCUGCCCCCAAGAAGCCUGCCCCCAAGAAGCCUGCCGACAAAAAGUACACGUACCAUCUCCCCGCCAAUGACUCGGUCAUCCAUGCACUCAAGGAGUGCCCGGAGCCGUCGGGCAAGUUUGAACGCUACGCGUUCCGCAACGAGGUCUUCCGUCGGGUGUCGGGCCCUGGCUGGGAGACUUACGUCGGAGAGGAAAGGGUGCGCGGCAUCGUCGCUUUGCAUGUCUACAACUAA